GAUGGGAAGAUUCACCGGUUCGCACCGAUGCAUCGUCAUAAAAGCUCACGAUGCGAUGGCCCGGAUCAAAAAUGGGUGCAUCGGAUACAAUGUGGGAUGAACCGCGAUGCAUCGUACCUAAAAAAUUUUGCAUCGGUAUAAUCCGGUACAAUUGUAUAUUUCUAGAUUCCCCCUCUCUAACUGUUUCCUAAACGCGCUCUCAUCUCCACUGCUGUCAGUGGCAGAUUUUCGUGAAGUGUCGCGGCCAAGUAUCGCGCGAGUUGAAGGAGUGUUCGGGAGAGUUACAAUGGCUGACGAGGAGUUAUACGUCCCUAAAGCUUGCAAUAAGUCCAAGGUUUGGCAAAACUUUGGCUUUGCAAAGAAAGAUGGAAAAUUGGAUAAGACCCAUGCAAUAUGCAAAAUAUGUCGUGCUGCCAUAAAGUACACAGGCAGCACGACUAAUUUAGGUACUCACCUGAAGAGGCGACAUGGUGAGACGUCUGCCUCAUCCUCCGAUUCAUCUAUGGCUACAGUGGCUGCCUCAACAAGUACACCUGCGCAAAGUAUUUCCACCUUUUUUCAUGCCCCGCUGGCUACCAACUCAGCUCGAUCAAAGGCAAUAACCGAAGCCAUUGCCUUCUUUAUUUGCAAAGAUAUUCAGCCUUACAGUGUUGUUGAAAACGAGGGCUUCCAAUACCUCCUACACAUUCUGGAGCCGAGGUACCACAUCCCGAAUAGGAAGCUUUUCACGGAUAAAGAAAUCCCUCUUCUGUAUGAAAAAGUGAGGCAUGAAAUAGCUAAAUCGUUGAGCAAUGCCAAAAGAGUUGCUAUUACAGUUGAUGGUUGGACGUCUCGCGCCACUGACUCCUAUGUCACCGUAACGGCACAUUACAUCGACGAAGAGUGGGUUUUACAAAACCACGUCCUUCAAACCAGACCGUUCAACGAGGCUCACACAGGGAAUAAUCUGGGACUUUUACUGAAGGACGUUUGUUGCACAUGGAACAUCGCAGACAAGAACCCAGCGUUGGUCACGGACAACGCAAAAAAUAUGUUACUGGCUGGAGUUCGUGCAGAGAUAAACCCCCAUGUGCGAUGCAUCGCGCACACGCUCAAUCUGGCCUCACAAAAAUCCCUGAAGGUGGACAGGGUGUCAGAGCUUCUGGUGAAAGUGAGGAAGAUUACAACUUUUUUUCACAGAAGCCCACAAGCAACUGAGGUUCUACGUGAAAUGCAGGCCCAGUUACACAUGCCAAAUCACAAGCUCAUCCAUGAUGUUCCCACAAGAUGGAACAGUUCACUUGACAUGUUGGAGCGUUUUUGGGAGCAGCAGCCUGCUGUGUUGAACACUCUUCUGUCAAGGAAGAUAAAGAGGGGAGAAGGAUUAGCCAGCCUGACAGAGGAAGACAUGACACUGAUCCCAGAGGUCAUCAAAUUGAUGUCCCCUCUGAAAGUGGCAACAACACUCCUCAGUGAGGAAAAACACCCCACUAUCUCAAUGAUCUCCCCAAUACAGGCCAAACUUCAGAAGCAUUUCCAGCCAGAUGAGAGCGAUCUGCUGGAAAUUUCUGUGAUGAAGGAGCGAUUCCGACAGGAUUUUGAUGGUCGCUACACGUAUCUCCAAGACCUCCUCUACUAUGCUGCAGUGCUCGAUCCACGGUUCAAAGACCUGGCUUUCUUGGAAGACCACGGCACCAAGGACAUGGUAUUCACGAAGCUAACAGCAGAGGUGGUGAUGAUGGAGGAAGAGGCAAGUGACAGUGGCACACUCAAUGAGGGCCAGGCAGGUGACAGUGGCACACUGACUGAGGGCCAGGCAGAGGUUGACAGAAGCCCAGAGGAAGAGAGAGAUGAUGUCCCCCCCAAGAAGACAGCCUUGAACCAGAUGUUUGGGGAUUUCCUCACUGCGAGAGCACCAAUGAAGACCACAAGGGAGAGGGCUAGGGCAGAAAUCUUAAAGUACAGAGAGAGGGAUUCUUUAGCUUUGAGUGGUGAUGUGUUGCAGUGGUGGAAAAAACAAGUGGAUCUUCCACUGCUUUCAGCCUUGGCAAAGAGCUACCUGUGCAUCCCAGCAACGAGUGUACCCUCUGAAAGAGUGUUUAGCACGGCUGGGGACAUAGUUACAGCAAAGCGCAGUUUGCUUCAUCCUGAUCAUGUGGAUCAACUCAUAUUCCUUAAGAAAAACCUGAAAAUAGGACAAAUUAGUUAAAUUUAGUGUGUGAGGCAGUUGAUCCACAUGUUUAGGAUGAAGCAAACUGUGUUGUGACUGUCAGGUAUAGUGAAAAAAUGUUACAUUCAGAACACACUUAUGCACAUACACACACAUACACAUACACAUCACACAUACAUGUUUUCUUUUGUCAGAAACCUUGUUACUGAUUUGUUGUCUGACAAACAAAAAUUUUACAUUCAGAACACACUUACACACAUGCACAUAAAUGUUUUCUUUUGUCAGAAACCUGGUUACUGAUUUGUUGUCUGACAAAUAAAUAAAUCAUUAUGUAUCAUAUUAAAUUGCAUAGAAUUGUAUUAUUUAGCAUCGCAUCUUGUUGAAUCGCAUCGUGUCGAAUCGUAUCGUGUCGAAUCGCACUGCAUCGCAAUAGGGGUGAAUCGUAUCGUAUCGCAUUAGUAGCUGCUUUUAUGUAUCUUGAAUGUAUCGGAUCGUUGGCAGUGCAUCGAGAUGUGUAUCGCAUCGUCCUCCUGAUGGAGAUGCACA